UAAAAAAGAACGAAGGUCGAGGGAACGAUUGGCACAAUAACUCGAGGGCUGGUAUAUGUUUGGUCUUUUCUCAAACUGGCAGGCCAUAUAGCAAGAGAGGUAGGCUCUUUGAAGAUGGCUAGUAACGAACAUUGUGGAAAGGGAGCAAGGAAAAGAAGAGAAAGGAAGAGCAGCUGAGGUUUUCAAAACGGCCAUGCACUGCAUGUAAAGUUAAAGGGUAAUUAGAAAGACACAUAUGGUGAAUCUUUAAUAAGAACAAAAGAAGCAUAGAAACAAAGUCAAGGAAUGCAAAUAAAGAACAGCAGCUGAAAAAAAGCUGGUAUAGAACAGAUGGGAGGGAUAUUUUUUUUUCUUUUCUUUCUCGAAAGCACAAUAACACAAGCCCUUUUCCCAAGAUUGCUGGAUAAAUAGGUCGUAAAUCAUUCAUAUCAAGAGAUAGAUUCAAACUCCUGCCGUUCCUUGAGCCAGUUCUUGGCCAGUUCAUCGCCUCCAGCGGCCGAUAGCUGCAUCCAGUGCAGAGCUAGGCACAUAUUCUGGGGGUCAGACUUGGAAUCUUGGUCUCGUCGGUACAUCACCUCGGCUUUGAAAGUGUCCCCGGGCUUAGUGAGAGGGAGUGUAACGGGGCGGAGGAGGUGUGGGUGAGUAAGGUACAGGAUUGCCAGCUCUCGCUGAGCAACAGGGUUGCCUUCCCGGGCAGUGACAAUCCACAUGUUCGCUGCGUCUUUGAUCCCGUUACCAACUUUGGGGGAGAAGUCGUACGAGAUCGGAUGUGAGUGCCGGUGCCGUUGAGCAAGUUCAUCACACACAAUCUUGUCUGCGAUUUCAAUCAUGCUGUUGCAGACGUCGUCCUUGAGCUUGAGGGCGGCAAGACUGAACUGCAGGAAAGCGGUACCGCUUUCGGUUUUGUUGAGGAUGUCGGAUGGAACGAAGGAAGAGAUGAACUGCAAGUCUCGGAAGAGGGUUCGAGGCUGAUACUUCUGGAUCAGAUCUCGCAGUGUGUUUGUAAUUUGUGUCUCAUUCAUCGCUGCAUCUAUCGAGAGGCCUGAAGGAGCUUCAGCAGGGCUAAGGCCAGGCGAUGAGGGUGUGGGAGUCUGGUCAUCGCUGGACUUGCGUCGCUGCUGACAGGUCUGUAAGCUGUUACGUCUGUAGAUUCCAUCCAUCGAGUGGCGUAAUCGCGCUUCACUCAGCAAAGGGGUGUCUCUGCUACUGUUUAAAGAUGUCGCUACUAGAGUCCACAUCUCAUGCAGUGCUUCCAGCUUCACGUACGGAUUGGCUGGACGGGAGAACUUGUCCAUUAGCUGCUCAAAUGCCUCCUCGUAUCCGAAGCUGUAGUCGCCAUCCACUUCUCCCCUGAUGAUACUUUUCUCCUUGGAUUCCUGGGUUGAAUGCCCCUUGCAUCCCAGAGACGGUGUAGAACGACUUCGACGAAGUCUUCCACCAGUAACGUCACGGUCGCAAAUUUGUUCCAUCAGUGAAGUUGAGCAUUGCGAUAGGAACCUGUCAAGCCGUGUACGUUUCUCCAUCUGGCUCUGUACUCGAGGUUGAUUCAAGUAUGCAGAGAACCAGGCGUCGGUUUCCGAUCCGCAGCUCCAAACGGGACAGCCGAGAUCGCUUAGCAGUAGGCUGGUUAAAUUUCGCUUGAGGCCAUCAAGGAAAGUAUGCUUGCCAUGAGAGCUAUGUUCGGUACGCCUGUAAGGCAUAUUAUCGCUGAACAUAGACGGAGGUCGAGACCGAGGGCGGCAAGUCGACCCAUCUCAUUUGUGCCCCUGUAUUUGACGUCCACCCGACAUGAUAAUCUGCUGAUUGAUGACAGCCAUAUUACACGCUCGGUCCUAAGCAGCAUCGUGACCACUACUUUAAGGCGGUGGAGAGAACCGAACAUAAUGCACGCCAUAGUUAAACUACGGAGUAGAGCGUCUUUGGCUUCUCUCUGUCCGGGUUGGGUUGGUCCCUGGAAUUCUGGUUCUCCAAUGUCCACGGCGUUCUGCCCGAUGAAAAUGGCAGAAGCACACACCAGUUGGUCAAGACAAAAAAAGACCAAUUGGAUGUAUGGAAGUAUCAAGUACUUUCGUGCUUCUCGGAACGUGGUCGGUGCCCUUGUGCUUCGAUCGGUUGAAGAUCUGAUGAUCCGAUCUUUUGUCCUCCUUGUUCUCUUUCUUUUCUUUUUCCAUCCUUUUUCCUUUUUUGGUCUUUCUCUUGGUUUACAAUCCAGAUGCAAGUCGGAUCCUUGGUCCAGAAGUCUAACCCCCCCAUUGCUUCGAGCACUCCCCGUCUCUUACGGGGUACAUUCAUCAUUUGACGUUUAGUCCGAGCUAUUUAGCCUUUGUAGUGAGUGGCAUGCAGAGGUACUUUUUGGUACGACAGAGGAUUCCUUGGAAGAAAUUGCUGUUUUGUUUGAACUUUGCUGUACUCGUAUGUACUGUUGGCGUGACGCACGGUGAAGCAGGGUCUUAUAGUGCGGUAUUGAGAUGCAGGAACGGAAGUGGAUUUAGUACUGUUUUUUUGGGUGGAUGGAAGAAAGCCAUGCUGAUUCGCAUAGAGAGAAAGAGAGCAGAGAAGGCUGAUGACAAUAAUGCUGUUGUCCGUUCGCCUAGAGCUGCUGGCUGGCCUAUCAUCUGCGAGGCAUGGAGAUGAAGCAAUAGGGACUGAACGGCAUCCUGUCCUCCUUCUCCAGCCCUCCAACCCAUCCCCGUACCACCCACGACGUCUAGAGAAACCAAGAAGUAAAAAACAAGAGAGGAAGGGGGGGUAGUUUGAAGCCACAGCUCCAGGUUCUCGGUAACUAAUUUGCCACACCAGAUGAGGCCCUUUGGGUUAGUUAGUAUAUGUGUCAAUGUAGAAUCGGCUCUGCGAGCAAGGGAGGUUGAUUGAUCACCGGGACUGGAGAUUGGAAGCAGUCACCGCAAACGUCCUGCAGCGCUGUUGAGCAGCAACUGGCGGUCGGCUCCAGAGACCAAGAGUGUACAGCCCAAUGCAGCCCCCAAA